CGCGGAGCCGGAGCCGGAGCCGCGCGCCGAGCCGAGCCCGGCACUGCGCGGGGCCUCGCAGGCGGCGGCGCGCCGAGCCCAGCCGGGCCCCCUCCUCGCGACCUCCGGGCCCUGUUGCUCGGGCGCCCCCCGCGCGCGUGAGGCCGGGGUUGGGGCUCCCCGCGGCUUCGCGGGGCGAGGAGGAAGCCGGGUCGCGCGCAGCCCCCGCCGUCCCAGGGUCGUGGGGCCAGGUCCCGGGUCUUGCAUGCGGGGCGGGGCGGCCGUGAGCCGGAGGCGAAGAUGGAAGGCUUAACGCUGAGCGAUGCGGAGCAGAAAUACUACUCGGAUCUCUUCUCCUACUGCGACAUCGAGAGCACCAAGAAGGUGGCGGCCAACGGGCGGGUGCUGGAGCUAUUCCGGGCCGCGCAGCUGCCCAACGACGUGGUCCUCCAGAUUAUGGAGCUUUGUGGUGCAACAAGGCUUGGUUAUUUUGGAAGAAGUCAGUUCUAUAUUGCUUUGAAACUUGUAGCUGUUGCCCAGUCUGGUUUCCCUUUAAGAGUGGAAAGUAUAAAUACAGUAAAGGACCUUCCUCUGCCAAGAUUUGUUGCUUCAAAGAAUGAACAGGAAUCUCGCCAUGCAGCCUCAUAUUCUUCAGAUUCUGAAAAUCAAGGGUCUUAUUCUGGUGUAAUUCCUCCACCACCUGGCAGGGGACAAGUGAAAAAAGGAUCUGUAAGCCAUGAUACUGUCCAGCCUCGUACAUCUGCAGAUCAGCAGGAACCUGCAUCCCCCGUAGUUUCACCCCAGCAGUCCCCACCAACUUCUCCACACACAUGGAGGAAGCACAGCCGUCACCCCAGUGGGGGAAAUAGCGAGAGGCCUCUUACAGGACCUGGGCCAUUUUGGUCUCCCUUUGGUGAAGCACAAUCAGGUUCUUCUGCUGGUGACGCCGUGUGGUCAGGGCAUUCUCCACCUCCACCGCAAGAAACCUGGGUCAGUUUUGCAGAUACUCCACCAACCAGUACUCUUUUAACCAUGCAUCCUGCUUCUGUCCAGGACCAGACAACAGUACGAACUGUAGCAUCAGCUACAACUGCCAAUGAAAUUCGUAGGCAAUCCAGUAGUUAUGAUGAUCCCUGGAAAAUAACAGAUGAACAAAGACAGUAUUAUGUAAAUCAGUUUAAAACCAUUCAGCCUGAUCUAAACGGAUUUAUUCCAGGAUCUGCAGCUAAAGAGUUUUUUACAAAAUCAAAACUUCCUAUUCUUGAACUUUCUCACAUUUGGGAACUUUCAGACUUUGAUAAAGAUGGAGCAUUGACACUGGAUGAGUUUUGUGCUGCUUUUCAUCUGGUAGUUGCUAGGAAGAAUGGCUAUGACUUACCAGAAAAACUUCCUGAAAGCCUAAUGCCCAAACUGAUUGAUUUGGAGGACUCAGCAGACGUUGGGGAUCAGCCAGGUGAGGUAGGUUAUUCAGGCUCUCCUGCAGAAGCACCUCCAAGCAAGUCUCCAUCAAUGCCGUCACUAAACCAGACUUGGCCUGAGUUGAAUCAGAGCAGUGAGCAGUGGGAGACAUUUAGUGAACGCUCUUCAAGCUCACAAACUCUGACCCAAUUUGAUUCUAACAUUGCACCAGCUGAUCCUGAUACCGCUAUUGUUCAUCCAGUUCCCAUUCGUAUGACUCCAAGCAAAAUCCACAUGCAGGAAAUGGAACUGAAAAGAACUGGCAGUGAUCAUACUAAUCCCACUAGCCCAUUACUUGUGAAACCAUCUGACCUGUCAGAGGAAAGUAAGAUAAAUUCAUCGGUGAAAUUUGCUUCUGGAAAUACUGUAGCAGAUGGGUACAGUAGUUCAGACUCUUUUACUUCAGACCCAGAACAGAUUGGAAACAAUGUAACUCAUCAAAGGUCUCAUUCAGGAACGUCGCCUGAUAACACUGCACCACCACCUCCCCCUCCAAGGCCUCAGCCUUCUCAUUCCAGAUCAUCCUCUUUAGAUAUGAAUCGGACCUUUGCAGUCACCACAGGACAACAACAGGCUGGAGUUGUUGCCCAUCCUCCUGCAGUGCCUCCAAGACCACAGCCCUCACAGGCUCCUGGUCCCGUAGUGCAUCGCCCAGUGGAUGCCGAUGGCCUAAUCACUCACACUAGUACCUCACCUCAGCAGAUACCAGAGCAACCAAAUUUUGCAGAUUUCAGCCAAUUUGAAGUAUUUGCUGCAUCAAAUGUCAAUGAAGAACAAGAUGAUGAAGCCGAGAAACAUCCAGAGGUCUUGCCGGUUGAAAAAGCUUCUGAUCCUGCAAGUUCUCUUCGAGUUGCCAAAACAGAUAGUAAAAUUGAAGAAAAGACAGCUGCUAGUGUUCCCGCCAAUGUGAGCAAAGGCACCACACCUCUUGCUCCACCACCUAAACCUGUUCGAAGAAGGUUGAAAUCAGAAGAUGAAUUAAGGCCAGAAGUUGAUGAACACACACAAAAGACAGGUGUCUUAGCUGCUGUGCUUGCAUCACAGCCUUCUAUUCCUAGGUCUGUUGGGAAAGAUAAGAAAGCAAUUCAGGCAUCAAUUAGACGCAAUAAGGAAACCAACACAGUUUUGGCCAGAUUGAAUAGUGAAUUGCAGCAACAAUUAAAGGAUGUUCUUGAAGAGAGAAUUUCUCUGGAAGUUCAACUGGAACAGCUUCGACCAUUCUCUCACCUAUAAGCCAAUUGCCGUUAACUGUGAACAUACCCAUUUUUAAGCAGUUUUGGGUUCAAGCCAAUUUGGAGACCCAAACGUUCAGCUCACUGCUUAAUUCAACAUUAAAUUUUAUGAUUCUGUUUUGCCCUCUAUGUUCACCUGUAUUUAAGUAUCUUUUAUUUUUUAAUUUCAACAAUAAAAGGGUCAGGAUGACUUUUCCUGGAGGAUAUAUUGUGUUUGUUGGCACAGCCCACCCUUCUUACGCCAUAGCAUCAGGAAUACGUAACAGUGUCCAGUAUACUUAUGUGGCCAGAACCUCACACUGGUUUGAUUUACAGAAUGGCCUUCCUAUUUAUAUCUCAAGCACAGACUGAAAUAUUUGCAAAAGGAGACAAAAUUAAAUUGUCAAUUUGUCUUUUAGGUUUAAUAUUUUACAUUAAAAAAUCUAUAUUUUGUAGAAAUCUUUAAAAUGAGCUUCCUAGUUAAUUUUUGAUUUGAAGGGACUGUAUUGGA